AGUGGAGCUGCGUGUUAAUAAAAGUAUCCAUUGAGAACAAUGAAAGCUCAGUGGAUUCAAAGCUCGUUGAGAAUUCAGAAGCAAAGAUUAUGCAUGGAAGCAAAUCGAUGGACUCUGGAAUAUCCUCGGAUGAAAGUUACAAAAUGGAUUAUCCUCAAAUGGGUUUAUGUAUAAUAAUUAAUAACAAGAACUUUCAUAAAAGUACUGGAAUGUCAUGUAGGUCUGGUACAGAUGUAGAUGCAGCAAACAUCAGGGAAACCUUCAUGAACUUAAAAUAUGCAGUCAGGCAUAGAAAUGACCUUACACGUGAAGAAAUGAUAGAAUUCUUGCAAAAAGUUUCUAAAGAAGAUCACAGCAAAAGGAGCAGUUUUGUCUGUGUGCUUCUUAGCCAUGGUGAAGAAGGAAUCAUUUUUGGAACAAAUGGACCUGUUGACCUGAAAAAAAUAACUGGUUUCUUUAGAGGAGAUUAUUGUAGAAGCCUAAUGGGAAAACCCAAGAUUUUCAUCAUUCAGGCGUGCCGAGGUACAGAACUGGACUGCGGCAUUGAGACAGACAGUGGCAUUGAUGAGGACAUGGCAUGUCAGAAAAUUCCAGUUGAGGCCGACUUCCUGUACACCUAUUCUACAGCACCUGGUUACUAUUCCUGGCGAAAUUCAAGGGACGGAUCCUGGUUCGUCCAGUCACGUUGUGCUAUGCUGAAACAGCAUGCCCACAAGCUUGAGUUUAUGCAUAUUCUCACCCGUGUUAAGCGAAAGGUAGCCCUAGAUUUUGAGUCUUUUUCCCUCAACCCUACUUUUCAUGCAAAAAAACAGAUUCCAUAUAUUGUGUAUUUUCAUCCCUAA